AUGAUGAAAGCGUCCGCGCCUGCCGAGCCGCACCACCCUCGCCAGCCCGCGCCCCGCCGGCUGGCCGCUGCAGCCCGCAGCGCGUUCCUUCUCGUCGUCCUUCUGUACUUUGCCGCCACCGUUGGCCGCCUGGUGACUUUCGUGGGCAGCGAGCUGGAUGGGCGUGCGCGCCAGCACGCCGAAGCUUCUAAAACACCAAGCUUCUCGUGGGAUGCUGCUCCCUCUGCGAAGCACCUCGCGUUCCAGCCAUGCUACCGCGAUUUCCGGUGCGCACGUGUCGAGUUGCCGCUGGACUGGUGGAACGGCACCUUCCCUGACAGGCACGUCAGCUUGGCGGUGACCAUGCUUCCCGCCAAAGUCCCCGUCACCGACCCUCGUUACGGCGGCCCGGUGCUUCUGAAUCCAGGAGGCCCGGGAGGCUCUGGAGUCGACCUCGUAACUGCCAUGGGACUUGCUAUCCAGACCAUCAUUGAUUCUCCCGUUGAUCCAGCAUCCGAGUCUCCGGAAAAUUCGACCUCCAAGUACUUCGAUGUCGUCGGGUUUGACCCGCGCGGAAUCGGCCGCACUACUCCUGGUGCCCAUUGUUUCCGCGCCGCAUCUAUUAGGGAAUCAUGGAACCUGCGGUUGGACUCGCAAGGCAUCCUGGGCAGCUCCGAUGCCGUGCUCGGUCGGCGUUGGUCCAUGGUUAAUGCACUUGGAGCGUCGUGCGCCGGGCUGGAUGACGAUGGCGAUGUGAAACACUACGUCACGACCGCAUCAGUCGCGCGCGAUAUGCUGGAACUUGCCGAGCUCUUUGGCCAGUACCGCGAGGCUGAAACCUGGCGCAUCCUGACCGAGGACGCAAUCGAGAUGUGCGAGAAACACGGAGUAUGCGCAUCUUUGAAGCUGCCAGAGAUUUAUGUUCCCGGGACCGAGAAACUCCAGUACUGGGGCUUCUCGUAUGGUACCUUGCUUGGAAGCACAUUUGCAUCCAUGUUCCCCGGCCGUGUUGGGAGGCUUGUUCUGGACGGGGUAGUCCACGGCUCCAACUACAUGAAGACACUUUGGUCUGAUAACCUAGAGGAUACGGAGAAGACGAUGCAAGCCUUCUAUGACCGUUGCGCUGAAGCUGGCCCGACCCUUUGCCCACUGGCUGGCCACAACAUGUCGGCGGUCGACAUUAAGGCCAAGGCCACGGCUGUUCUCGACAAGAUGUAUCACAACCCUAUCCAGGUCAAAGGCGAGUUUCCCGAGAUCGUCACCUGGAGCGACGUCAGGCUCUUCAUGUUCAUGGCCCUCUACGAACCACUACAUGCUUUCCCGCUCAUGGCUGAGAUGCUUGCUGCCUUGGCUCGCGGGGAUGAAGACGGAGAAAUGGAGCGCUACCUGACGAGCAAGCACUUUUUCGCUUGCGCUGCCAAGGGAAAUGACACGGAUAUCGCGCAAGUUGAUGGCGAAGCUUCAAUGGCUAUCAUGUGCAGUGACGGUGACCCACAGGAUUACUUGGACCUGGACGGCAUGGAUGAGCACUGGCGCAAGCUGGAUGAAAUUUCUCCGACCGUCGGUGCCAUGUGGGCUGGACACAGGAUGAACUGUGCGAAUUGGAAAUUCAGGCCCUUGUUCAGAUUUACUGAUUUCAAGCCCGAGUUUGGCGGUGACACUUCCAACCCUAUCCUUUGGAUUGGGAAUACUGCGGACCCGGUUACUCCGUUAAUCAAUGCGCACAAGAUGAAAUCGUUAUUUCCUGGUUCGGAAGUAUUGACGCAGAAUUCGCCAGGGCAUUGCUCCAUUGCUGCCUUCUCGCCGUGUACAGUCGGAUACAUUCGCAAUUAUUUCAACAACGGCAGUUUGCCCGUGCCAGAUACCAUGUGCGAGCCAGUUGAGAUACCCUUCAUUCACCCUAGCCCAGAAGUUCAUCUCCUUUCAAACGAUGACAUUCGGGCAAUGGAUGCGCACCGGAGCCUGGGCCGUUCCUUCGCUAAGAAUGCAUGGGGCUUGGGCAAGGCAAUGCUUCCUCGAGGAGAAAGUGGUUUGACGUUGAAGUUUCAGGAUGAUGAAUAG